UUUCAGCCUAAUGAAAAAGGCUAAUGCGCUAUCUUUAUCACGUUUUACAGGUGAAUAAGCUCACUACUACGACGGAAACAAAUCUCAAUAUUUUGGACAACAAAAUUGAUGCCAAAACGGCCGAGCUUCUAGCAAUAAUUCAGAUUGUCAAUCAAACCAUUAUACCGGGUCCUCCAGGACCCCAGGGGCCACCCGGAGAAAAAGGCCCCCAGGGAGACAAGGGAGAGCAAGGGGAAAAAGGACCCAAAGGAUCACCAGGCCCAAAAGGAAUAAACGGGUCAAUGGGCCCUAUUGGUCCCAAGGGAUCCCCUGGAGUCAAAGGUGAAAAGGGUGACAGCAUCACCUUAAAAGGUUGCAGACACCAGAGAAAAGUCAGCGAUCUAACUCGAGGAAACAACCCUAAAACUGUUUCCCUGAAGGCACCUUCCCAGGGAUAUGUGAUAGUAGGCGUCACAUGUGCAGCAGAUACAGGCGGUGUCGCCCAACUUUUCUAUCUAAAAACCGAUACCUCUUACAAGUGUGUCUGCACGUUUGCUCCACGAUGCGUAAAACCAGCUGGGAGAAAACGGCGGGACGUCGAAAAGGAGGAAAACAGAAAUCUAUCACAGGAGUAUGAUGACAGCAAGCAUAGAGGCAGGUAUUCACAGGAAAAGCCAAAGGCCUGUUAUCUCCAUUACUGGGAAUGCCCCGCCCCUUGAGGCGUCACGAAAUUCAAGCACACCAAUCUGACUGUUUUAGUUGUAAGUUAGAUGCUUCUGGUGGAAGCUAUGAAACGCGAUUUACGUGUCAAUGUUUUUGGUUUUGCUUUCAAGAAGUGUGCAUGGUUUAAUUCAAACUUUGCGUUUUGCUUUGAAACCAUGGCUGAUUUUAUGUGAUUUGUCCCUAAUCGACUUUGCAAGAAAAUUGUUAKACAAUGUUUUUUUUUUCCAUAAGAAGAUCAUGAACAAGAGCCGUAACUUGUCCAUUUGUUUUGACUCUUUUAGAAUGCUGGUGUGUAGCUGACAAAAAAAAAAGGCAUCUUAAUAAAGCUUAUUGAAGAGAA